AGGAUUAUCUAUUCUCAGUACAGGAGAAAGCCUGAGGGGAGAAAUGAUACAAACACGGACAGGAACUUGGAUACAUACAAGAAUAUGUUGGUGUUUUGAACAGCGAUGAGAAAUCCACUGCUGACUGCAAAGAUGUUUUAAAUAAUCUAGCCUGGAUUUCACCUGAGAGGCAUUACUCAUAUCAAGACACAAUGAACGCUGAGCCUGAAGCAGAGACAACCAGCUACUGUCCUCCUCCCAUGUUGUACAGUGAGGACAGUGAUGAAGACACAAGCCAAGAGGAGCCGUCAAUCACCAGCUGGAACGAGCUGUCAAUCAUAGAGCGUGUAGGCCUAAACAGCGUAGAGAUGUCAGAGAAAGAUUUGGAGACCGCCUUCACUCAGAUCGCCUUGGCCUUCAGGUGUGAUCAGUACACCCUGAAGCAGAGGCUGCAGGCAGAGGAGCAUGCCCGCAACCUGGCUGAGGAGAACAUCCAGCUGGAGCUGACCAGGGGAAGAGAGACACUGGAGAUGCUGAAGGGCCUGUGUCUGGACAGUAAGCGCAGUAAGGUUCUGCAGAGGCUGGAGCUGUCCCUGGACAUUCUCGGUGGGACUGUGGAGCGGAUCUCCAACACGGCGGAGGUGCUCGGGGCUGUGCACCAGGAGGCUCGUGUGAGUCGGGCUGUCGAGCUCAUGGUUGCUCAUGUGGAGAAUCUUAGGAGACAACAUGACAAAAAUGUGGUAGAGCUGGAGGAAGCCAAGAAGACGAUCCAGCAGCAAACCUCCAGCAGAAACUCUGUGGAUCACAGACCAUCGCCAGAUCCAGAUGACAGUGAGCACAGAAAGAAAUGCUUUCUGCAGAACAGCGCCAGGCGAAGGGUCAGUGUAUCUCUAAUACAAACACCAAUCCAGGAGAAUAAGCGAGACUUGAGGAAGCAGGUGUCGCAUGAUUGCUUCGCCCCCAGCCAGAAGUGCUCCUCCGCCUGCAGGUCUCCAUCCAUGGAUUUUGAUUCCAACUGCUUCUCUACAACCAAGGAUGACAGCUACUCAGUGGAAGACAGGCCUCAGGAUCCAGAAGAAGCUCUGCAAGAAACGUCAGCUGCUCAAUCUUCUCCACCACCCUCACCCUCACUCACACCUGACCCAGAGUGCCUCCCUUCAAAACAGCCAGCCACCAAGAGGACACAAAACAAAAAUUCCCCUUUGGAUACUUUGCGGCAGAGACACAAGAACAAAUCAGUGUUAUCAAAGAAAAAGGCAGAGAAGGAUAAAAAGAGUGUGAAUAUUUACAGACGGAUUUCUGGAGGAACGCACAGCUCUCUGUGGAGACGUCCUCUGAUCCACUGGUUGUAUCGCUGUCGCUGGGCGCUCCUCUUCACUUACUUGUUUGUGCUUUUCUGUGUCAUAUCAUUGACUUACGUGUUGCUGGAAACCUUAUGAUGAACUGAAUCUGUCCAUGGUUAUCUAAGUUGUCUUAAUGUAACAUGUGACUCACUUGUAAACCUUCCUCACAUCAGAAAGCUCUUAGUAAAGCCAAAAACUUUAA